AGCAAGUGUCAGUCGCUACCCGACCASCAACGUGUUAGAAACGUUUGAUUCAGUGUGUGACUAUWAAAUAAAAUGGCUUUGAAAUAYUCAGUGUUURCUAUACUUUUUCUGCUCGCUUUGAGUGAGUUAUACGUAUUGAUCGCAGCGCGUACAUCGGAGAAGUUAAAAGUCCGUUUACCGCAUGGCGGUGUGCUGGUGGGACGCCAUUGGACCUCACAUAAAGGGCGACAUGUACGCGCCUUUAUGGGUGUGCCGUAUGCGCUACCGCCUGUAGGCGAUUUGAGGUUUAAACCACCUGUACCGUUUGGCUCUUGGUCGGGCGAGCGUCUCGCGAUAAGAGACUCAGAAGUAUGCAUACAUCGCGAUACAUUCACACGCCAAACACAAAUCGUCGGCAGUGAAGACUGUCUUUAUCUGAAUGUGUACACGCCAGAGAAACCACGAACAUCGAAACCCUUACCGGUUAUGGUUAAUAUUCAUGGUGGCGGUUUUAUUAGCGGCUCUGGCGUGAGUAGCUACUAUAAGCACUGAGACCUUAGAUUGCCCCGGCAAUUUCGGUUUAAAAGAUCAGUCGCUGAUUUUACGUUGGAUACAGCAAAAUAUUGCCGCUUUCGGUGGCGAUCCGAAUAGUGUUACGAUUUUCGGUACUAGUGCGGGUGGCGCUAGCGUUACAUAUCAUUUGGUAUCGAGGUUAUCGGAAGGACUCUUCCACAAAGCCAUAGCACAUUCUGGUUCAUACUACAAUCCCUGGGCGCAGCCAGAGCAUAAAGGUACACCCGCAAAGCGUGCACGGAAGGUUGCACAGUUAGUUGGAUGUAAUCCUGAGGAAAAUUGGCAAAAAAUAUUGCGCUGCUUACGCACUAAAGAUGCCAGCGAUGUCGUUGCUACGCUCUACGAGUUCUUUGAAUGGGACUUUGAUCCCAUGAUGCCAUUCCAACCUGUUGUUGAGCCUCCACAUGAGRGUGCCUUCCUUACCGUCUUACCACGUGAUGGUGGCAUGCCACACGGCUUCUCCUUACCACUUAUAAUUGGUAUUACCUCGGAGGAAGGACUAAUCAGAACUGUGCCCUUACUUACCGUACCUGGGCUUUUGACUGAUUUCAAAAACCAAUUUCAAAAGAUUCUACCAAUUUCACUGCAAUACGACCAUCACAAGCCGGAAGUGCGAGAUGAGAUUACACAGCAAAUAGAACAGUUCUACUUCAAAGAGGGACAUAACUAUGACAAACAGAAUCAUCAAAAUUUAACAGACCUUUACUCUGAUGGCUGGUUUGUUGCUGGUAUCGACGAGUACAUCAAACAGCGCGUUGAAGCUCAAAACUCAAAASAGUUACCGCCCUUUUACGUAUAUCUCUUUGAGCAUCGUAGUCCAGCCAGUUUUUCCGAACUUUUCGGUGGAGACCCUGAAGAUUUCUUCGGCGUCUGUCAUGCCGAGGAAUUGCAAUACCUCUUUCCCUUGGGUCUUAGACUAUUCGUAAGCUCAUCCCCUAGCGAAAACGACAUUGAACUACGCGAGGCCAUACUGGAAAUGUGGGUGAACUUCGCUAGUGAAGGAAACCCUACGCCUGCAGGCUCGAACUUAACACCCUGGGCACCCGUCACGGGCUAUCCCGUUAAUUAUGCACGCUUGGGUCACAAGACACCCGAUGAAUUUACUGUGCUACAAAUGGAGCGUGAUAUCUAUGGCGAUCGUACAAAUUUCUGGCGACACCUCCAAGCUCACAUUCCGGCAGAACAGCGGGAGAAGAAAAUACGAGAUGAAUUGUAAAGCGGUUAUAUUCAGUUGCGAAAUAUUUCUCAUUUUCUAGGUCCUUGUGGUAGUUUUUUUUGCAUAUGGCUUUAUACAUAUUUUGUAUGUAACCUAAAUUUUGUGGUUCCGUGGUUUUAAUAAAUUAUAUAUACUAGCUUCGA